GGAUCGUGGUGAGAAAAAUGAGCCAUUUAUAUUGGGGCAUUUGCUUUUGGCUAAAGCUGCUUUGGUUUCUGAUGGGGUUGAAGGGUUCGAGUUUCCUUCAACUGUAGAUGAGUUUUUGCAGAAUGAUCCGCCGCAGAGUUAGAUCGGCUCGUCUCUGUUCGACAUGGAAGCUCGUCUCAACACGUGACCUCGCCAGAGAGUUGCAACAACGUUUUUUGUUGAAUAUACUAAAUGGCUGCUGCAUCAAUGGCUCUUUCUUCCCCUGCUUUUGCCGGAAAGGCUGUGCAAGUAGCUCCAUCUUCUUCUGAGCUCUUCGGAAAUGGAAGAGUUUCCAUGAGGAAGACAGUUAAAGCACCAGUCCCCGACAGCCCCUGGUAUGGUCCAGACCGCGUCAAGUACUUGGGCCCAUUCUCUGGUGAAGCUCCAUCUUACCUUACUGGUGAGUUUCCAGGCGAUUAUGGCUGGGACACUGCUGGACUUUCUGCUGAUCCUGAGACCUUUUCCAAGAACCGUGAGCUUGAAGUGAUUCACAGCAGAUGGGCCAUGCUUGGAGCUCUUGGCUGCGUCUUCCCAGAGCUCUUGGCUCGUAAUGGGGUCAAGUUUGGCGAAGCAGUGUGGUUCAAAGCUGGUUCGCAGAUCUUCAGCGAGGGUGGACUUGACUACUUGGGCAACCCAAGCUUAGUGCAUGCACAAAGCAUCUUGGCCAUUUGGGCUACCCAAGUUAUUCUGAUGGGCGCUGUUGAGGGAUACCGUGUUGCAGGUGGACCACUAGGUGAGGUCGUGGAUCCACUUUACCCUGGUGGAAGUUUCGACCCAUUAGGUCUUGCUGAGGAUCCAGAGGCAUUUGCUGAGCUUAAGGUGAAGGAACUAAAAAAUGGAAGACUGGCCAUGUUCUCCAUGUUUGGUUUCUUUGUGCAGGCCAUUGUUACGGGAAAGGGUCCACUGGAAAAUCUAGCAGACCACCUGGCUGAUCCAGUAAACAACAAUGCCUGGGCAUUUGCCACUAACUUUGUCCCUGGAAACAAGAUUGCUGGUUCCCAGAUUUUCAGUGAAGGUGGACUCGACUACUUAGGCAACCCAAGCUUGGUCCAUGCGCAAAGCAUCUUGGCCAUCUGGGCUACCCAAGUUAUCUUGAUGGGUGCUGUUGAGGGCUACCGUGUUGCAGGAGGGCCACUAGGUGAGAUUGUUGACCCACUUUACCCUGGAGGAAGUUUUGACCCAUUAGGCCUUGCUGAAGACCCUGAAGCAUUUGCUGAACUUAAGGUGAAGGAGCUCAAGAAUGGAAGACUGGCCAUGUUCUCCAUGUUUGGUUUCUUUGUUCAGGCUAUUGUUACAGGAAAGGGGCCUUUGGAGAAUCUUGCUGACCACCUUGCUGAUCCGGUGAACAACAAUGCCUGGGCAUUUGCCACCAACUUUGUUCCCGGAAAGUGAGAUGUGCAAAUUUGAGUGUUUGAACUAUGUGGAUAAAAACUUUAGUGUCUCUCUUUUGGUCAGUUGUCUGAUGUAAAUAGAAGCAGCUCAAUUUUAAUUAUUAAUGAAAAGUUUAUUUGUUACCAGCAA